AUGGAGCUGGAGGAAAACUUCCACAAUGCCUAUCAACAAUUGCAAGCUGCUCAAAAGAAAGUCAACGAACAGGACAAGAAGAUCACUAUCCUAAAUACUCGCCUGAGGAGAUCGGUGAUGGAGCGAAAAGCAAAGCAAGACGCAUAUGUGGAGAGAGAAAAAUUCGAAGAGUUGGAGCGCGAAAAUCAAGUCUUGGCUUUGAAGCUCAAAACUGUGAAACACCAGUUACUGACCUAUACGACCCCAACAGCAAGACCUGCGACUGCCUCAGCAAUGACUGGACGUUCCACAUUCCGCCCUCAACACACCAGACGUCCACCUCCUACAGCUUCUACUGCUGCUGAGAAAACAGAAAGGACGGAUCCAAAUGCCGAAAAUGCGGAUCCAAAAAGACCCACAACCGCUCGUAUUAGCGAGGCUGCCUUGCGAGAUAAGGCCAGCUACAUUAGACUAAAUAGGCUUGUAAGAGAGAAGAAUAGUCAGGUGGCUGAGCUACAAUAUGAAAUUGAAAGACUCAACGGGUUACUUCACGAUCUCCGAUCCCAACUGGAGACGAAAACCUCGUCGAUGCGCGAGCUUGAAAGCGAACUGCGAAGUAUUCGAGAACAUGCCGAUGAUGCUCACUACUUAGGAAAAAUUGAAUUAAUAAGCAAGCAGUUAUCGGUAGUUGAAGCGGAAAAUGAGGUCCUCAAGGAGGCUAACGAGCGAUUGGUAAAGCAAUCACUCUCCAUGGAAUUCGAUGAAAGCAUGAAAGAGCAGAUCGAACUCAAAAAGCAGAUAUCAGUGCUGGAAGAAAGGCUAAAGGAAGCCGAACAGAAACGAGCGAAGACGGAGCAGAAACUUAGAAAAGAGAAAAGAGCUGUAAAAAGCCUAAAGGAAAGGGAACGCAUGCCCAAAGGGGCAAUGCUUAUUCAACGGGAACAGUUAAAGAGCGAAGAAUCAGUAGAUGAGGAAGCUGAAAGACAUGCAAAGGAGAAAGAGAGUUCAACAAGAAAGAGGAAAAAGAAGAAGGGCGAAAAUGGUGACGACAUCUUGGAAAGGUUAUAUCGGGAUGUUUCUGCUAUAUUAGAAACCCAUGAUAGCUAUGACGACGGUAUAAUUGAAGCUUCUGGUGGACCAGCGGAAAAAUUGGCAAAGUGGAAAAAGAUGUAUGCGUCUUUGUAUGACGAGUUAGAAAAAUUGCGAAAUAUGCUUUUGGUUCAGCACGACAUCAAUCAAAAGCAAAAUUUAGAGAUCAGUUUGCUGCAAGAAGAAAUGGAAUCCAUCAAAGUCAAAUAUGAGUCGAAACUCAAAGAGCUGCGAGAUAAAUUAGUCGAGAAGCAGAAGAAGAUUUUAUUACUCGAAGAACAGAUCCGUUCCAUAGCUUAUGGUAGUCAGAAACCUAUACCAAUAAAAGCAACGGGUGAAAAAGCAGAAAUAUCCACUGAUCUUUCUAUCAUGUUCACCGGAGUCAGCCUGACAGAUGAGUUCGUUGCAAGCCUUGGGGCUUGUCCAGCGUACUUCUUGUCUCUCGAAUUCUUCGAUUUCGAGCUACAGACAACGCCUAUUCUCACUAAGCAAACCACAGUGCUCGAUUUUACAACCAUAUACAAUGUGGUUGUGUCAAAUCUAUUCGUUCAUUAUAUAGAGACGAAUGGCAUUACUAUCGAGCUCUAUUCUCCGCAGGGCACGAACUACACCCUCCUGGCGGCUGGAGUAGUAAAUCUCAAACCACUUCUUCAGAAAGGAGCUAAAAGUCGUUAUGUGGGCGAGCUGAAGUUGGUCUCGUUGGAUUCGGGUGCGGUUAUAGCCAAUCUGAAGUACGAGCUUAAUUCCACCGAAGAACUGACGAAGUCCAUAGGCAGUUAUCAGGCAGCCGAAGCCGCGCAAAAGGUUCUUCCCAUAGAAAUACCAUUAGAUGAACAAUCCUUUGAAGAACUAACAGUCAUGGUGCACAGAUGUACGGGUCUAGAGAAAUUGAAGAAAGGUGAAAUGGAAGUUUGCGUAAUCUACGAGUUCUUCUCAUUCUCGCCAUAUUUCACCAAUUAUGCGACUUCAUCAAAUACUGCCGAAUUCAACUCAAAAAGAAGCUGGAUGCUGCCCUUGGAAGCGGUGCAAAAUUAUCUAGGUGAAACGGAAAUUUCAUUCUUCCUCUUCGAAAAUCGACCACAGAACCGUGAAGAGAAGGAGGGAGUACUGGCAAUGUUAUCUCUUCCAAUAGCUCCGCUAGCUGAAAAUAAACGCAUUAAAGGCUCAUUUAUGAUGACAAAGGAAGACGGCAAUGACAGCGGAGUAUACCUGGAUGUGACCAUAAUGUGGAAGCAUGGUCUUCACAGCACCAUUGCUAAACCUGGAUCUGGAACCACUUCAAGCAAACCGGAAACUGACACUACGCAGAUAAAGAUAACUCCUGCUCCUCCAGUACGAAGGCCACAGGAGUCGGUAGAUAUCAUCAAGGAUAGCUCUUCGAACGAUUCAAAUGAGGACGUUUUCUCUCCCGUUUCCGUUAGAAGCCCGAAGAUUCCAUCAGUUACUGAGAUAGACCACAAGGAGAUCGGGACUUCGGCAAGAGAAGAUAUCGAAACCAUAUCCCUGAAGGACUCAUCACGAGCAUCAAACACUCCUGUGGCAGACACAGGAGCAAAUGAAGAUAAAGAGGAUAGAAAGUCCUCCUCAUCAAGUGUUAAUAGCCAAACAGGAACAUUUGAUGUAGAACGCCCUAGUUCGCGUGAAUCCGCAGAGAGUGUAGUUUCACAAACGGAAAAAGCAGAACAGGCUGAUAAGGAAAGUCAAAAAGCAGAUAAUCAAGCGGCAAAGGCUCGGGAAAAGAUGGAAAAGGACAAAAACGAAAUCAGAAGUUUACUUGGUGAUUUACCUCCGAUCGCCAAACCGAGACUGUCAAAGCCACCAUCAGAAUUUACAAGCUUGGGUAGACCAAAGCACGAGAGUGAGGAGUCGUCAUCCAGGAGUAAAACCAGCUCGGAGAACGAUGAACUACGUGACAGACAACGAGCUGUCUUUUUCACAGAUCCACUUCAUAAGUCCAUUCCACCUAGUGAAACCUCAUCCAUGUCCUCUCCACCUCCCAGACCUCCGGUUCGUUUACCAGCUAAAGGUGGAAGAAGUGCUAUCCGAGUGACGAAUGUGACACAAGAGGACGAUUCCGAUUCAGAUGAAAGUCGAACAGUGUCAAUUUUCAUAGAUCGCAUAUAUGUUCCAGAAUUUUCUCGUUUGCUGCACCCAAGCUAUGAUGGUGUCAAGGUUUACGUCGACUGGUUUUUCUUGGAUUACCCAUUGGAGGAGUCAAGAACCCCGGAAGCUGUUCUACUGCCACGAGUUCCAGAUAGUCCUGGAGUGUUCGCCUUUAGGAAAGAAUUUCAACUUUCAAAACGUCGUGUUGCCCUACUUGAGCAAUGGGUUGAGCUCGGUAAUCGCCUAGAUUUCACCUUGAUAACCGAAGGAGAAGAUAGUGAAGAAUUGGCCGUCGCUCAGCUGGAACUUAGCCGAACUGCGACAGACGAGACGACAACAAUUCAAUUUCUGGAUAUCAAUGGAGAGCACUAUGCGGACCUGGACCUUGUUGUCUCUUAUCCACCGCAGAUCUUCGACUGCCUCAAAACAUGAUUAUGUGUGAUGUAUCUAAAUGAUUUCCUCGCUCAACUUGUGUCAAAUUAUAACACAAGCAUAAAUA